CCAACCCUGCAGCUGGGAGAGGAGCCCCAGCCCCGGGAGUCCCAGGUGUUCCCAUUCUGUCAUCAGCACAGAACAUAGAACACAGAACUCCUCACCAUGGAGUUUGUGCUUGGCUGGGUUUUCCUGGUUGCUCUUUUAAAAGGUGUCCAGUGUGACGUGCAGCUGGUGGAGUCUGGGGGAGACCUGGUGAAGCCUGGGGGGUCCCUGAGACUCACCUGUGUGGCCUCUGGAUUCACCUUCAGUAGCUACUACAUGAGCUGGGUCCGCCAGGCUCCAGGGAAGGGGCUGCAGUGGGUCGCAAAUAUUUAUACUGAUGGAAGUAGCACAUACUACGAAGACUCCGUGAAGGGCUGAUUCACCAUCUCCAGAGACAACGCCAAGAACACGCUGUAUCUGCAGAUGAACAGCCUGAAGACCGAGGACACGGCCACAUAUUACUGUGCAACAGACACAGUGAAAGGACCUCACUGGGAGCCCACACACAAACCUCCCUGCAGGAGGGGAUCAGCACCACCAGGGGGCGCACACUAUGCACAAUUCUGGUUUGUGUUCCCAGGAGCAGGUGCAGAUGGAGGUUACAGGCAGGUUUCCUGUCAGGGUCUGGGGCUUCCUCUCCACACAGCAGUUUCUCCAGGGAGCCUCUCUGGUCACAGGAUGGACUACCCCUCCAUGCCUCCAGACUGUUACUACCUCGGCUACCUGGAGGAGAUUCCUCUUUCCAUGGUCUCCAUGGACACGUGCUAUCAGGGCCUUGAAGAGUCCUGCCGUGGGGUGUCCUUGUCGGGCCCUGAUGACUUCCAUAUGCAAGAUGGAACCGCGUGCACUGAAAAGGGCUACUGCUAUCAUGGGAACUGCACUGACUGCACUAUGCACUGCCAAGAAAUCUUUGCAGAAAUUCUGGAAAGGUGUUGCCAGAACCCCACCCUAAGUUACCAGUGCCAUAAAAGGUCAGACUCCCUGCAGAGACCAACAACCAGGCACCAUCCUGGGGUUCCAGAGGUGUGUAUUUCCUACUCAUCUCCAAGUGAGAUAUUGCUGGACACCAAAGACCAUAUCCCUAGAUUAGUGUCGAAGAAGACGCCAGCUGCUGGGUCCACUGUGUUGCAGCCAGUACCCUGGUGUUGUGUUUGCUUAGCCAUGCCUACCUAG